AUGCAUCGGGGACUAUGGAAGGGCCUCAUACGAUCACUAUGCCAGUCAAGAACACAGGUCACGUCUCCGCUGCCCCACACGUACUUGGACCCUAGCGACCUGCCCCGGUUCUUCUCGUGGACCAAUGUCGGAGGUCGAUCGUACGUGACCAAGAACCUGAAUCAGCACAUUCCCCAGUACUGCGGGUCCUGCUGGGCCCACGGAGCGCUGAGCAGUCUUGCCGACCGCAUCAAGAUCAUGCGCGAUGGACGCGGCGCUGACAUCAACCUCUCUGUCCAGGUCAUCCUCAACUGCGCCACCGAACUGGCCGGCUCUUGCCACGGUGGCUCCCACACGGGCACCUACGAGUACGCGUCGAACAACCCCGUCCCCUUCGACACGUGCCAGCAGUACCAGGCCUCCGACAACACGUGCGACGCGAUUGGCAAGUGCAAGACGUGCUGGAACUUCGACGAGGAGUGCGCGGCGGUCGAGAGCUUCCCCAACGCCACCGUCGCCGAGUACGGGACGGUCUCCGGGGAGGCGGACAUCAUGGCGGAGGUGUUCGCGAGGGGCCCCGUGGCGUGCGAGAUCGACGCGUCCCCUCUCCGCGAGUACACGGGAGGCGUGAUCGACAUUCCGGAUGUCUCGGCGGAGACCGACCAUAUCGUGGCCAUUGCCGGUUGGGGCGAGACCAGGGAAGGAGACAAGUUCUGGAUCGUCCGCAACUCGUGGGGAGAGUACUGGGGCGAGGGCGGCUGGUUCCGCCUCAAGCGCGGGGAGAACCAGCUCCUGCUAGAGUCCAACUGCGCUUGGGCAGUGCCCGGGUCAUGGACGGAGCUCCAGCCCCCCCACCACCACCACGACCACCCCGAUGACCCCGAGCGUCCCGACGGCCCGUUCGGCCCAACGGACCCCCGGGACCCCCCGGACAAGAUGGACCCUCGGGACCCCCGGGCCAAUACCGACCCCAGGGACCCCCCGGCCAAGGUGGACCCCCAGGACCCCCCGGCCAAAACGGACCUCCGGGCCAGGACGGACCCCCUGGCCAAAAUGGACCCCCCGGCCAAGGUGGACCCCCGGGACCCCCCGGCCAAAACGGACCUCCGGGCCAGGACGGACCCCCUGGCCAAGGUGGACCCCCGGGACCCCGCGGCCAAAAUGGACCCCCCGGCCAAGGUGGACCCCCGGGACCCCCCGGCCAAAACGGACCUCCGGGCCAGGAUGGACCCCCUGGCCAAGGUGGACCCCCGGGACCCCGCGGCCAAAAUGGACCCCCCGGCCAAGGUGGACCUCCGGGACCCCCCGGCCAAAACGGACCUCCGGGCCAGGAUGGACCCCCUGGCCAAGGUGGACCCCCGGGACCCCGCGGCCAAAAUGGACCCCCCGGCCAAAACGGACCUCCGGGCCAGAAUGACCCCCCUGGUCAAAAUGGACCCCCGGGACCCCGCGGCCAAAAUGGACCUCCGGGCCAGGACGGACCCCCUGGCCAAGGUGGACCCCCGGGACCCCGCGGCCAAAAUGGACCCCCCGGCCAAGGUGGACCCCCGGGACCCCCCGGCCAAAACGGACCUCCGGGCCAGGAUGGACCCCCUGGCCAAGGUGGACCCCCGGGACCCCGCGGCCAAAAUGGACCCCCCGGCCAAAACGGACCUCCGGGCCAGGAUGGCCCCCCUGGCCAAAAUGGACCCCCGGGACCCCGCGGCCAAAAUGGACCUCCGGGCCAGGAUGGACACCCUGGCCAAGGUGGACCCCCGGGACCCCGCGGCCAAAAUGGACCUCCGGGCCAGGAUGGACCCCCUGGCCAAGGUGGACCCCCGGGACCCCCCGGCCAAAACGGACCUCCGGGCCAGAAUGGCCCCCCUGGCCAAAAUGGACCCCCGGGACCCCGCGGCCAAAAUGGACCCCCCGGCCAAGGUGGACCCCCGGGACCCCCCGGCCAAAACGGACCUCCGGGCCAGAAUGGCCCCCCUGGCCAAAAUGGACCCCCGGGUCCCCGCGGCCAAAAUGGACCCCCCGGACAACAUGGAUCCGAGGGCCCUGACGGUCCGCCGCCAGGACCCCCGGGCCCCAACAACGAUCCUUCGAACCCCUCCGAAGAUCCCGACCGGCCUGGACCCCGUCCCCCCGGACCGCCGGGGCCUCGCCCGCCUCCGCCCCCCCCUCCCCACGGCUCCCCCGCUCCCACCCCCGGUGGCACGGAAGAGGAGGAAGUGGAUUUCAGCGUCGGUCUCAUGA